AUGGGAAAUCUUCCGCCCUCAGCUUAUCCGCUUCUAAUUUCGGUUUCUCGCCAUCGUGGAGUAACGUCGUAUUUGAAGGACGCUCCAGACUUUCUCACGGUUCUUGCAAGUACAUGCGCGGCUCUGACGGGCAAUUCCCAGCGAUUCAAGCGAAAUUGGCGGCGUGAUUCGCGCGAGCCCAGUUUCUUUCUGUCAUGUCCGUCAGUUGACCAUGAACUGUGGCUGGCUGUGGCUGAAUAUGCUAUUUUGCGAGACGGCUUGAUAUCGAAGCCCGUGAACCACCCGCAUUUCCUACGAAGAACACGGCGUGGCCUCGAUGUUUAUGGACUCUCUUCCGUCUUGAAAAUUCCAAUAGUCCGGUUCCACUUGGCGACUCACUUCAACGAUGGCUGUCGUCGAGAGAGCCUAUCACUGGCCUAUCAUUGGGAUAAAAUGAAGCCCCAGGAUCUAGCUUUUGAGCGGGCGUUCAUUUAUCAACCACCCUCCCGCAAAUCUCCGACUCAUCUCGACAUCAAGCCUCCUACCAAGCCUUGUGAGAACUCGGAUUCGUGUGAAUAUCGUAUACUACAUAAUGGUAUAUGCUUCAUGUGGUGGUUCGGUGGAGUUCGCAUCAGGUCCAGACUUGGCGGCUCCCCGUUCUUUGAAACCUCUCAAUUCUGUCCGCUAACGGCUUCUGAACAGACUCGCUACUUCUUGCAGUUUGAGUCUCACUCAAUCUCAUCUUUCCUGUUGAGGCAAUCCCAUCACCCACUUGCGGCAGAUCACCAACCAAUUGACGGAAUAAGCGCUAAUGAACAAGAGGACGCCGUCUCCAACCUUCCAGUGAUGGGUGAACAUAAAGACCGAUACAACUGGAGUCGUCUGCUGCCGCCAAACGAUCUGACUAUAAAAUCCCCUAUUCGGAAGAUACAUUUCGGAUACUUCACAGUUCCCUACCCUUCUUUUAACUCCCUCAAGAGUUUCAUCACACUCAAAACCGACGAACUUUGGCAGUCCGAUUAUCCUCCGUUUCCCUCAGCGAACGCAUACUCCUUUACUCACACCCAGUCUCCACUCUCGUGCUUCCGCAAUUUCGAAUGCCACUUUACCUUCUCCUCUUGGCUGACUUUGUUCAUUACCCCCCAAAGCGCUUUCCACUCCCACGAUCCCGCCCAUUAAGCCACUCCAACCAUGAAAUCCUCAACUAGUCAUGUAAUGCUCACGAUUCUUUUGUCCUUGCCCUUAGGCCGAUGCUAACGCUGCGACUCAUGCGGAAGGGCCUCCCUAAGGAAAUAGGAAAGAGUUCUGUUUCUUAAGUGAUGAUACAUACAGUGUAGCCGGGAUGGUUUCAAGCUGAGAAUGAGGAAGUGCAUGGAAAAGCGUCAAAUGUGUCGGUGUCCGGUUGGGAUGCGAAGGGAAGUAAGUUUUCCGGAGCUUGUUGAUUGCUUUGCUUCUGCGAUUGAAGGAGUGGCCUUGAGAAUAAUAAGGACGUUAACAUGAUUCUCAUCGUAUUUGGUACUCGGUUUAUAUGCUGAUCGUAGCGGCGCAUAUACUGAAU